AUGUACAGUUAUGAGCAUAUGCCAUUCGGCGGGUUUGUACCAGGUAGACGACGCAGAACAUCUCAAUAUCCACCAUCAAUGUCUCGACCAGUAUCGAAAAAUUUUAAUCGUAUAUCUGAUUUUAUAUUUCCUGAUACAGUUCAUGUAUCUUUGCCACCAUCUUCUCGUCAGCAUCAUCAUCAUCAUCAUCAUCAUCAACAACAACAACAGCAGCAGCAGCAAAGACAACAGUUCAUUAAUCAGCGAUAUCAACGAACUGAUAAUUAUAGUUUACCUGUAUUAAAUCAACGUGAUUUAAUUAUUGUUGAACGUUUACCUAUUGACGAAUUAGAUGAUAUCGAUUUUGUGUAUCGUGAACAGUAUCAUCAGCCAAAUCGAUCCAUUCAACGUCGUUAUUCAUCAACUGGUUAUGAAUAUCAAGUAUUAUCGAAUGAAAAACAUUCCACCGGCUUAAAAAAUCGAUCCGGUGCAUAUCGUGAGAAAUUACGUGACAAACGAAAACGUCAUACAACUGAUAAUGCAUACCAUUCUAUAUUAAAAACAAUUGUAGAAAAAGAUCAACAGCCAUGUAAAAGUAAAAGUAAUAGAAAUUCUAAUUUGAUUCUUUCAUACAGAACAACUCUCGAUCCAAUUACGGAUUCAGAGUCUAUGACAUCUAUUAACCAAGAAAAUCAUCAAAGAAGACAUAAUAACGAUACUUCACGUUAUCGAGUACCCAUCAAUGGAGCAGAGCCCAUUAUGAAUGAACAUGCACGUUCACGACAAUUUAGUUCAACAAUCAGUACUCGAGAUUCAUCAAGUGAUACAGAAAUCACUGAAAGACAUCCAAAAACAAUGAAUUGUAUUCGCUAUCAGCAAGAUUCAUCAUAUGUUAUUUCACCAGAUAUUCCUGCACAUGAUUGGGAACAUCUUUCAUCUAAUGAUGUACAUCUCCAACAUCAACCUAAUCGAUUCAAUCCCAUUGCUCCGACAAUGGUAGACGCCAGCAAUUAUGAAACAGUGUCUAAUUCGAAUAACCUGAUCAGUUCAUCAGUAUUAAAUAACGUUAUUAACAAUCCGAUAAACAAUCAAAUAUCAUCAAAAGACUCAACUCAUCAUGUUUCUUUGUGUGUCAAUGACUUACAUACAACAUUGUUUAUUGAUGAAGACACAUUGAAUUCUACAAAGGCAAAUAUCAGUAAUAAUAAUGAUAAAAAAGUUCAUAUGCGAAAAAGAAAUACACUAACCAAUGGUUCGAUUAUUACUGACGAUAAUUAUUCACAUACGGAAAUACGAAAAAGAAAAACUGAUAUAAAUCAUCAAUCAGUCGAUCUUGCAGAUGAAAAUAAACGCAUUCGACCUUAUUUUUUAAUUAAACCACAAUCACUACUAAUGCUACCGAAUGAAACAGCUAAAUUAAAAUGUUGCUUUGCUGGUGAUCCACAACCGACUCUUGUUUGGUCACAUAAUGAGUCUCGCAUACCCGAUAUGCAAACUUCUAAUGAUACAACAUUAUCAAGGUAUCGAACACAUAAACUGCAUGAUAUUAAUUAUUUAGAAAUUGGACCAAUUAAUCUCAGUGAUCAUGGUCAAAUAAGAUGCACAAUUAUGAAUGGAUUUGGUCGUGAAGAAGUCAUUACUCAACUAUUGGUUGUUCCUUCACCAGCUGAUGCUACACCAUAUAUUGUGCAACCACUUAAUGAUAUCAUUGUUGUUGAAGGACAACCAUUAAAACUGUCAUGCGCUAUUAAUGGUUUACAAGUGACGGUCAACUGGUUUCAUAAUGGAAGAUCGAUUUCAUCAAUGACACAGAUAAAAAGUGAUUAUAAUAACGAACGUUCUAUUUUUAGUCUCUCUCCUUGCAUGAAAGUUGAUGCUGGUACUGUUGACUGCCUCGUUAAAAAUCGUUUCGGUGAAGCAAGAACAACUUGUCAUAUUGAAGUGGUCAGUAAAUCAGAAGUUGGUAACCGGUGA